CUAUGUUGACUUCUUGUCUGUAACAAAUAAAAAUAAUAUGUAUAAAUUGAGGAUUUAUGUUGAGUUAUGAGUUGUGGAGAGGGGGGGGGGGGGGGGGGGGGAGUAUAAGUACCGAUGAAUUUUUCAAUGAAAAAGAAACAGGUUGCGAAAAGUUAUGAAAUACAAACAAGUGCAUCCAGUUUUAAAUGCUGAUUCAGAUAGUUAGUAACGUAUGACUUACUUUCGAACACAUUGUAUGAAGAAUUUAACAUAAACGAAAUUAAAUUUCUCAAUAAGAUCAUUUUUAAUCAAUUAUCGACUCUCUUCUUUAUUCAUUAGAAUUGAAAAUUAACGAAAAAAAAAAUUUUUUUUUUUUUCAAUUAAGAUAUUUUCUCAAAAACAUGAAUAUUAUCAAUUUCUUAUUGAAAUAUCUGAUAUGGGUUGUAAAGAAAAUAAUAUUCGUAUACGUGAUACUGCACGCGAAAUUCUUGAUUUAGUACCUGUUGAUAAUCAUAUAAAAGUUGCACUUAUUAAUUGUAUAGGAUCACCAAAAUCAACUUCCGAAGAAAAUUUUACACGUUUAAAAAAUUUUUAUUUUCAUGCAUCACCAACACAAAUGUUAUAUAAUUUAAAAACAACAUUUAUUAAAUUAGUACCAGCUUUACCAACAACAAAUGAAUUAAAUGAAAUAGAUGCUAUAUAUGUACGAUUUCUUAAUGCUGGUGGUUUAAUAUGUUUAUUAAAUAUUUUAACACACAAACAAUUAACUGAACAAUGUGAUAUAAAAACACGUAAAUCAAUUUAUCUUAUUAUAUUUUAUAUGUUAAAACGUUUUCUUAUUAUACUUGGAUUUUAUCAAUUAAAAACAACAAAUUCAUCAAUUGAUAAUGAAUCAUUAGAUCAGAUACUUAGUUUAAUACCAAUGUCAACUAUAUUUGUAGGUGAUCAUCAUCCAUCAGUAUUAAUUGAAAAACGAAUAGCUAUUUUAUUAUAUCAACAUAUGGAGGAUUAUCCAAUACCAAAAAAUUCUUUUUUACAAUAUAAUCAUAUUAUUGAUUUUAUGCGUCUUAUUUGGUGUUUAGCAUCAAAUAAUAAACAAAUUUCAUGUGAUGUUAAUUUAAAAAAUGAUUUUAAUUUAAUUCAUCAAACAUUUAAACAAGAAAAUAUUAAUCCAAAUGAACAAUUCUUUCUAAAUGAUUAUUCAGAUGAAGAUACUGAAAGUCAAUUAGCUUGUCGUGAAUGUUUAGAAUUAUUAUGUCUAUCAAUAUCAUUAGUACCAUCAAGUGUUGAACAAUUAUUAAAAGAAAAUUUUUUUGAAUAUUUUUUAAUUGAUCUUAUACUUUAUUGUCAUUAUCCAAUAAUACGUCAUACAGCAUCUGAACAAAUAUUAAUAUUAACAACACGUUGUUCACAAGGACAAACAGAAAAUUUAUUAAAAUAUCUUAUUGAUAAACAAUUUCAAAUAUUUAAUAAAUAUUCAAAUAAUUUAAAAAUUUAUUCAUCAUAUUCAUCAGAUUUUUUUUUCUUAUUAUGUCGUUUAUUAACAUUUGCAUAUCAAAAUCAAAUAUUACCAUUAAAUAUAGAACAACAAUUAGAUGAUGAAAUAUUAUGGUUAAAAAAUAUUCAAUUACCUAUUGAUGAUAAUUUACUUCGUGGUCAUUUAAAUUUAGCUCGUGAUUUAUUACAAUUUCAAAUAAGUGAACGUAAACAUUUUUAUGGAAUUGAUCAAUUAUUAAUUCAACAAAUUAUUGAACAAUUUCUUUUUCCAGCAUCAACAUUACUUUAUCAAUUUCGUUCAAUAAAACAAAAUAAUCUAUUAAAACAAACAAAUGAUAAUGAUGAUUAUGAACUUAAAGAACCAUCAACUCCUUUUUGUCAAACACCAAUAUCAAUAUCAGCUGCUUUUGAUUUAUUAGUUAUAUUAGGAACAAAUUGUAUUGAAAAUUUAAAAUUAAUUGAUAAAUAUAUUACAGAUUUAUUUUAUUCAGCUCCUGAUUCAAAUUUAACUGAAUGGGAUUUUUCUUUACCAAUUGGUUCACGUUCAAAUGAAAGUUUUGUUGGUUUAAAAAAUGCUGGAGCAACAUGUUAUAUGAAUUCUGUUUUACAACAAUUAUUUAUGAUUCAACCAUUACGUACAGCAUUAUUAUCUGUUAAAAUUCCACCAGAAUAUGGUGAUGAUGAAUUUGAUGAAGAUGAUUUACGUCGUGAUACAUUUGAUACAUUUUCUGAUGUAAAAUCAUGUGUUAAAGAUAAUAAUAAAACAACAAUAUCACCAACAAAAGAUUCAAAAAAUGAUAGAAAUGAAUAUAAUAUUCAAAUACUUCGUCAAAUUCAAAGAAUAUUUGGACAUUUAUUAGAAUCAAAAUUACAAUAUCAUAUUCCAAAAGGAUUUUGGAAAAUAUUUAAAUUUUCUGGUGAACCAGUUAAUUUACGUGAUCAACAAGAUGCUGUAGAAUUUUUAAAUACUGUUGUUGAUAGUCUUGAUGAAGCAUUAAAAACAUUAAAUUUACCACAAAUAUGUUCUAAAGUUUUAGGUGGAAAAUUUGCUGAUCAAAAAAUUUGUAAAGAUUGUCCACAUCGAUAUUCACGUGAAGAAGAUUUUACAUUAAUAAGUGUUGAUAUUCGUCAUAGUCAAAAUUUAAAAGAAUCUCUUGAACAAUAUGUUAUUGGAGAAUUACUUGAUGGACCUAAUGCAUAUCAUUGUGAAAAAUGUAAUAAAAAGGUUGAUACAAUAAAACGAACAUGUUUUAAAAAAUUACCAACUGUUCUUGCUAUUCAACUUAAACGAUUUGAUUACGAUUGGGAACGUGAAACACCUAUUAAAUUUAAUGAUUAUUUUGAAUUUCCAAGAGAAUUAGAUAUGGAACCAUAUACAGUUCAAGGUCUUGCCAAAGCUGAAGGUACUUCUGUGAUUGAUGAAAAUACAAGUGAUGAACAAACUUCGACAAAUUCUAAUAGUAAUGAUGGUACUUGUUAUAAACUUGUUGGUAUUAUUGUACAUAUGGGUCAAGCCAAUGGUGGUCAUUAUUAUUCAUUUAUACAAUAUAAAAAUGAAUCAAAUUCUUCUCAUUGGUAUAAAUUUGAUGAUACAGAUGUAAAUGAAUGUAAAAUGGAUGAUGAUGAAGAACUUCGAUCACAAUGUUUUGGUGGAGAUAAUCCAACAUCUUCAUUUGAUCAACCACCUAUGAAAAGACAACGACGUUGGUGGAAUGCAUAUAUUUUAUUUUAUGAAAAAAUUCCUACAGAUUCUUUAAAUUCAUCAGAUAAUCUUGAAAAAGAUUUAGUACAAUUACAAUUAUAUGAUCAAACUCAACGUAUGCCAUUAUCAGUACAACGUAGUGUUCGAAAACAAAAUAUUAAAUUUCUUCAUAAUCGAAUACUUUUCAGUGCUGAAUAUUUUAUAUUUAUAAAAAAACUUGUACAAAAUAAUGUACAUUAUUUAGUUAAUAUUAUUCCACAAUUACCACAUGAUGAUAAAAAUUCUUUAAUAAAUACAAUUGAAGAAUUAGCUUUAAUUACUAUUCAAAUAGCAACAAAAUUUAUUUUUUCAAUUGGAUGGCAUACAAAGAAAGCACUUCGUGGUACAACAAUUGAUUGGAUUGAAUCGAUAUCUAGUUGUUUACGACAAUCACGUAAAGCUCGAUAUUAUUUAGCUGAUGAACUUUUAGUUAAACAUCCAAAUCGUUUUCAUGAAUAUUUAAUUGAUUGUACAUCAGCGGAAGUUCGUAAUGGAUUUAGUCGAAUACUUGUAGUUCUUGCUCGAACUUCUCGACAAGAUGAUGAAGAUCCUAAUCGAUCAUCAGAUCAAAUACUUGUUGAAGACACUAUUAUAACUAAUGUCGUACGUUUACUUAAAAAAGAUAUGCUAGAUAGUGUUAAAAUGUUAGCACAAUAUUUUCAAUUUUUUAUUCUUUAUGCAACAAAUGGUCGUUAUGAAUGUGAAAAAUUAAUUCGUUUAAAUGUUCCAACAAUUUUUGCUAAUAUGGCAUAUGAUGAUACAACAUUAUCAUCAAUGCCACGCUUUGGUGAAACAUCCAAAGUUUCGAUAAUACUUUCAACAUUAAUUCGUUGUUUUGAUGUUUCAAUAUUAUGUAAAACGGGACAGCCAAAUAAUGAACUUUUACCAAAUCCAUAUUAUGCAUAUGAUAAUAGUCCAAUAUGUCCUAUUCCUGAAGAUAUGAUUAAUAUUGUUUAUAAACACGAAAGUUUUUUGAAAAGAAUUAUUGAAGAAGCUAGUUCAUGUGAAGAUUUAUGUGGUGUUCUUCGAUUCCUUAUUUGGGAAAAUCCUGAUGUUACAUGGGUGGUACUUCAUGAAAUUAUUGGAUCACUUUCAAAACUUUAUGCAAGUGAUUUACGUCCUCAUCUUGAUAUAUUAUAUGUGGUGCUUACAACUGAAGAUUCUUGGCAAGAAGCUCGAUUAUUAUAUGCAUUAAAAGGCAUUCCAAUACCAAAUGAAAAACAAAUAAUUAAUGAAAAUUCAUCAUCAUUAUCAUCAUCACCACCGACAACAAUGCAUAAUAAUAAUAAUAUUUCUCUAAAUUUAUUUGAUAUAUUUUUAAAAAUGAAAUCAUCUUAUGAAAAACGAGCUUAUCAAUUUAUUAAAAUGCUUUGUCAAUUAUUUACAAAUUGCCUUAGAGCAAAUAAUUUAUUACAAACUGAUCAAGACAUUAAACAUCAUUGGAUACAUGCUGUUCGUUGGUUACGUGAUCAACUCGAACGAUCAAAUCACAUUCCAUCAAAUUAUCCUUAUUAUCAAUCUCAAGGACAAAUUGCAAGUAAUGAUAUAUCCCAAGGAUANUAUGCGCCUUCAGGCACACCUAUAAACGUAUAA